GGCUGAGGUUGCUCCUUCCUUCGACUCGAAGUCGCCGCCGCAGAAGCUGCUCCCGAAUCGGCUUGGACGCUCACUCGCUCGUGUGGACUACUCAGGAAAAAGAUGAAUCCCUCGAUCACCGACCCCGUGGCCUUCGCCAAGGACUUCAUCGCUGGCGGUGUGUCCGCUGCCAUCUCUAAGACGGCCGUCGCUCCCAUCGAGCGAGUAAAGCUGCUUCUCCAGGUGCAGCAUGUGUCCAAGCAGAUUUCUGCCGACAAGCAGUACAAGGGCAUCGUUGACUGCUUCGUCCGCAUCCCCAAGGAGCAAGGUUUCUCCAGCUUCUGGCGUGGCAACUUGGCCAAUGUGAUCAGGUACUUCCCCACGCAGGCCCUCAACUUCGCCUUCAAGGACAAGUACAAGCAGGUCUUCCUUGGCGGUGUUGACAAGAGGACCCAGUUCUGGCGCUACUUCGCCGGCAACUUGGCCUCUGGUGGUGCUGCUGGAGCCACUUCCCUCUGCUUCGUCUACCCUCUUGACUUCGCCCGUACCAGGUUAGCCGCUGACGUCGGCAAGGGCGGAGCCCGCGAGUUCACCGGUCUCGGCAACUGCAUCUCUAAGGUCUUCAAGUCUGAUGGCCUCGCCGGCCUCUACAGAGGAUUCGGUGUAUCCGUCCAGGGUAUCAUCAUCUACCGUGCUUCCUACUUCGGCUUCUUCGACACAGCCAAGGGCAUGCUGCCUGACCCCAAGAACACUCCUCUCGUCAUCUCCUGGGCCAUUGCACAGACUGUGACCACCGUGGCCGGUAUCAUCUCUUAUCCCUUCGACACCGUGCGUAGGCGUAUGAUGAUGCAGUCCGGUCGCGCCAAGGCCGACAUUCUGUACAAGAACACCCUGCACUGCUGGGCCACCAUCUACAAGAAGGAGGGUGGCAAAGCCUUCUUCAAGGGCGCCUUCUCCAACGUCCUCCGAGGAACCGGUGGUGCCUUCGUGCUUGUCCUCUACGACGAGAUCAAGGCCCUCCUGUAAACACCCUCGCCCACAAACAACAACAGCAACCUCGAGCGAGUCGGCGCCGACGGACUUGGGUGUACGUCCAGCGGCGCCGACGCGCCCGCCGCGCCUUAUUCGUAGUGACACGAGAGAAAGAGAGCAGAAAGCCAAAAAGCAGCCGGCCGGCCGGCAACUCUUAUUCUACUUCUUCUUCACGGGCCAACAUUUGUAGCCAAAAUAUUUUUUUUUCAAUUUUUUUCUCGUCCGCCGAGGACCAACAACCAA